AUUUUCAAGUUUGUGAGACUUAUUGCCACAUUUUAGUGAGUGGAAGUGGAAUGUCAGCGCCCCUGGUUGCAGCUCAGACCCUGUUAUUGCACAGUCUGUCUGCCAAUAGCCCACGUAUGCGCAGGAAAACCAACCCAGCUCGAUAAGAUGCCUUUGGCCAGAGAUCUCCUCCACCCCUCAAUUGACCACGAGAGGAGACAACAUAAAAAGAAAAGACUUGUUCAGAGCCCAAACUCCUACUUUAUGGAUGUCAAGUGUCCAGGCUGCUACAAGAUCACCACUGUGUUCAGUCAUGCGCAGACAGUGGUGCUGUGUGUUGGAUGCUCAACUGUGCUGUGUCAGUCCAAAGGGGGAAAGGCCAGACUGACAGAGGGUUGCUCUUUCCGGAGGAAGCAACAUUAAUGGGAACACUCCUACUCAAGUCUGUAAUUAAGCCAUACUGUUAAAUCAAUAUUUUCAGUGAUUACAGUGCAUCUGUGCAUUCAUGAAUAUCAACUUUUAUGACUGAUUU